AUGGCCAUUUCCCGCUUCGCUCUUCUGGCCGUCGCUGCGGCAGCGCCUCAGUGCGACUACUCGCUGAUUGAAAUAUCCGAGGAGUGCCCCUCGGAUUAUGGUUUCGAUUGGACGCUCUACCACGAGCAGCUGUACCAUGCCAGGUCUCUGGUCUUUGCAGGCGAUGCGCGGGGAUCGCAGCAGGCAGUCCUGUCGAUGCUGGAGGCCGUGACAAGGCGCUUUUGGUUUGCUUUCGAAUGCCCGCUGGCCGUGGCUGCAACGUAUUUUUCCUUGGCGCAAAGCUUCGCCUUUCAAGGUCGCAUGCGACGGGCUUUAGCAUUCGUCCACAUGGGCUUUAUCUUCGUGCGGGACAAGGGCUUCAGCGAGUGCACUCCUUGGCCGGUCCAGGGUUGGGACAUGCUCCUUGCCGGGCGCAACCUGAUGGAGGUGGUGCGGAGGCUCGAGGAUGAGUCCAUCACGCCGACCGCACCCCAGUUCCGACUUCGCGAGCGGGUGGCUAUCGUGUCCAUCUGCGCCUACGCAGAGGAAGAGCCGGUGCGGGUCAUCGGCACAGAGAACCACGAGAUCUACGCCCAACUUCAUGGCUACGACCUGUUCCAAAUCACGAACUCGGCGCAGAUUGCGCCCAACUUGGCUUCCGGGAUGGACAUCAACGACGGUGUCCACAAGCCGUUCUUCUGGAAGGUGAAUGCGGUAAAGAACGUCCUUGAGCAGCAGAACCCUCGCUACGAUUGGGUCCUCUGGAUCGACUGUGAUGCGUUCUUCAUGGAUCCAGGCAGGACUAUUGACUCUGUCAUCCACAUGCAUGCUGCCAAUGCAACCGCAGCAUCUCGCCUUGGACCAAGGCACUGGCAAGAGUCUCCGGAAGUCGCCCAGCUUCGGCAACGGCUCCACCCAACGAUGCCGCCAGAGGAUAUCGCGACAUCUGCAGCUGGAAGGAGGAUCAAAAGGGCCUUCAAGGUGUCGCUGAUUGUCGCGACGGACUCCUCUGGCAUCAACAACGGCGUGUGGUUGAUGAAGAACACCCCCUGGUCUCACGACUUUCUGGUGCGAUGGUGGCACUCCGACAUUCUGCAAGGCCCGGGAAAGAACCACAACUGUAGCGACCAGUCUACGAUGCAACACCAGCUGUUGUACGCCACCAGCAUGUCCAUGGACGAGCUCUGGGAUGCUGCAGAGGGGCCGGUUUGGGUUCCCGAAGUGCGCGUCGCCGCUCAGGAGCAUCUGCAGUCCUUCCACGCCGCCACUGCCGCGACAGUGGCGAGUCGGGAAUGGCAGCCAGGGGACUUCAUCAAGCACCAUCCAGGAUGUCACUACUACAAGCCACCCUGCCAACAGCUCUACGUGGAGGCUCACUCCCACUUCGUCAGCAUGGCUCAGGCCAUGGCGGCUGCACGCUAA